UGGGUGCGGUUAAUGUCGUCGUGUUAUUUAUUCGCUAAUGAGCUGUCUCUAUGCCUUGUCGUCGUAUUAUAGACGACAAAACACAUUCACUAAUGAUGUCUGGCAAUGCCUAAAAGCAGCCUUUUAGAGUAUACUCUGAAGGUAUAUAUUUGUGAAUUAAAUGCAGAAGUUACAAGCAGAUACUGCUAAGGGCUGCAGAGUUGGGACAGAAGAAACAUUAAUAAAAUUUCGUCCUUCGCCUAAUUUCAAAAAUAUGAAGAAAUUCUUGAAAUCGAAAAUAGAUUUUACAGAGAACAGCAACCAGUCCCCUUUUCAUGGGACAGAACAUUCACCUACAAAUACUUCGCCUGAACCAAUAACGUCACUAGAGGAGCAGAAAGCUUUGCUGGAAAAGGCGAGACCUGCACAACCUCCCUUACCACUGGAACCUCCACCCACUACCCCAAUUGACUUUAGCCUACCACAUAAACAAGAAAUUGAAGAUCAUGGAUAUCAGAGCAGAUUAGGAUCGCCUACGCUAAAUCUUUAUGACACUAGCGAGGCCUCACUAUCAUUAGCAACAAAUUAUGAUACAUCACAAGUGGAUGCCAGUGAAAAACCAAAAAAAACCGUCUGCAGAGACUUCAUAAGAGGAACUUGCAGUAGGGCAGGCACAUGCAAAUAUGCUCAUGAACGAGAUCUGUCACAGUUACCUGGCGUAUACACAUUCUGUAAAAACUUUCAGAAUACAGUUUGCACAUAUCCAUAUUGUAAAUAUGUGCAUGCAUCAAUAUUUGAAGAGCAAAGGUUUUAUAGGACUGGAAUUCUACCGCCUCAUGCUUUGGCCCACCACAAGAAGCCUCCGGCGGCACAGUUGCCGGCAAUACUACCCCCACCACCUCCACCACCACCUGAAGAGCCAGCUCCUCAGCCGGUCCCUGUAGAAGUUCCGAUGUUUACAAAUCCCCCACCUGUAUUGGUUCCCAUUGUUCCCAGUGUUGAUAAACCUCUUAUCUCAUGCGUGCCGACUGCAAACUUGGAGCCAAGGCCUGUGGACGAUUUCAUGAUCACCCCAGCGCCGCGCGACCUCGAGCACAAGGCAAAAAAAUGCAAAAAUUGCGACACAAUGGAAUUCAGAUUGCAAUUCAAUAAGGAUAAGACUGAAAACAUGAGACAGUCUACAGUGGAGCUAAAGAAUAAAGUGGCGCGUUUGUCGAGGAAGUCGCAGACGUUAUAUACUGUGCUGUUGUCGCUUAUGAAGCCGCAAGUCAGUAAAAGACAAGAAGGGCUCAACGGAUUGUCUAUGUCUUCACUUCUCAGCAUUGUCGGCGAUUCGGAAAAGAACAUGCUUUCUAAUCUGCUGCUGAAGGAUGCCUCGGAGCAGAGCCUCGUCUCCGAGACCCGGGACCCGUGCUCGUGACUUACACACGGGACCUGAUUUAUGAUUCGUCGUGAGACUUUAUAUAGACUCAGUGCCGUGCAGUUGUCCCAUCCUAUACACAAAUAAUCCUACUUUUAUACUUUCAAAGCGAAACCUAGGGUAAAUUAUACGAGGGUUGGCACCCACACCGACUGCACGAACUCCCAGUCGAGAGGCCAGCAAUAGUACAAUUUCCCCUAUUACUUGUUGUGCCAAACGCGAAGGCAGGCUAUACGUAUACGUAUUUUAAUAGAACUGUGAACGAAUGACUGAAAUAAGAGUUCAGAAUCGUACUAAAAUAAUCUGUUCUGGAGAAUGAUGGGUGGUACCGUG